CAUCAUGCCCAACGUGAUCGUCAACCUGUCAUUAAUUUUCUUAUUCUUGGGUGGUAUUUUCCAUCUCAAUGAAGCCCAGACAACGGAUUGUUCGAAUUCGUGUAUUUUUCGAGCAAGAUGCACUCCCUACUACAAGGAUUUGGUCUGGUCAGUGGUGGACCGCGUUUGUCGGGUCUUUCAAAACGGUUGCAUCUUUGCCAAUGAAAAUUGCAUGAGAGCCAAUCGCUGCUUGCCACCCAUGGUAGCCACCACAAAGGAAGAGUGUACGAAGGAGAUCUACUGUCCAAGGUGGUGUUCCCGAGGAGCUCCGCCGGUCUGCGCAUGGUUUCCCUAUACAGACAGUAAUGGGAAUACCGGAGGUCGAGACAUGUCAUUCGGAAGUCGCUGUCUACUAGACAUGUAUGCCUGCCGUAAUGAACAGGCCUAUGUCAACGAACCACGUAUAGGAUCGUGCACAUAAAAUGUUAAAAUAAAUAAUAAAACAUUUUCCAAUAAAUUCAAGCUAAAU